UACAUUUUCGCAUUUCAUUCAUUGGUGUUUGUGAGUUUUCUCGAAGUUUUCUGACGAAAUCUCCCCAAAUUAUGAUUCUCGCGUGGGUGUUUGUGUCCAUUGUGGCUUUCUACGGCCUUGGGCUGACCUUCAGCUACCAGAAGAGAGCACGUCAUUCAUCCCGAAGGCGAAUCUCCCCCGUCCGGACGAUGAUUGUCCUGGGUUCUGGUGGGCAUUCCACAGAAAUGAUUGAGAUUGUGGAGAAAAUGCAUCCGGAGAGGUACUCCCCACGAUGCUACGUCCUAGCCAGGGGUGACACACGCAGUGCCAGAGCUACGGAACAUAUGGAAGAGGAGCGUGGGGCCAGAGAUUUCAGCAUUGUGGAAAUAAAGCGCAGCCGGAAGCUCCAUCAGAGCUUCCUCACGUCAAUCUUCUCAACUAUCUGGGCUACCUGUGAGAGCAUCCCCCUCCUCGUAACCUUCCGUCCUGAACUGGUACUCUGCAAUGGACCAGGAACAUGCGUUCCCAUCUGCCUACUUGCCUUCUUCCUGGACGGUCUCUGGCCAUGGCGUGAACCCGUCCGGAUUGUCUUCAUCGAGAGCUUCUGUCGUGUUAAAUCAAUCUCCCUCACCGGGAGGAUUCUUACCUAUUUCACGGAUCUCUUUGUCGUCCAGUGGCCAGGACUUGCAUCCCACAGAGCAAAAUACCUGGGAAGACUCUUCUAGAGAAAAUCCUCCAAAUCUCC